GGCGGCACAUUCCUGCGUAGGCGCGGUGGACUUUCCCGAACUGGACGUUGUUCCGUGUGGGCUGGAAAAAAAAGGCGUUUAAAGUCAGUGGGAGCUAAUGAAGCUGCUGGUGGGCCACGGCAGCUGUUAGCCGCUGUCAGCAGGUGCAGAGCUGAGGGAGGGGAAAAAUGGCCCGGGAAAAGAAAUCUGAACCUGUACCUGCUCGUCUUCAGGGAGUGUGACAGACUGAUUGGAGUUUGAUUUCAGUGUUUUUGGCCAUGGCCGGCUGCGGGCGGUGGUGCUACAGCACCUGCGUGUGCUGUCUGUCCGAGGAGGAGAAGAACACCAUUGCUGUGGACAAAGAGAUCAAGAGGAUCCUGAAGCAACAGAAGAAGAAGGAGAGGAGGGAGAUUAAAAUCCUUUUGCUGGGGACUGGGGAGAGUGGAAAAACCACCUUCAUCCGACAGAUGAGGAUCAUUCACGGACGAGGCUACUCAGAGGAGGAGAGGAAGGCUUUCGCCAAAUGCAUCUACCAGAAUAUCUUAACUGCCAUGACUGCAAUGACAGGAGCGAUGGCCACGCUCAGAAUUCCCUACUCCAACCCACAGAACGAGAUUUACGCCAAGAGGCUGGAGGACGUAAGCAUAGUACAGGUCACCCAACUGGAACGGGGCCAUGUUGACGCAAUCCGCCGCCUCUGGGCAGACUCGGGAAUACGUGCCUGUUACAGCCGCCGCUGCGAGUACCAACUCCUGGACUCUACAGAGUACUACAUGAAUAAUCUGGACCGCAUCACCUCCCAGGACUACAUCCCCACGGAACAGGACGUGCUGAGAGUUCGAUUCCCCACCACGGGCAUCCACGACUACUCCUUUACCGUCAAUACCAUCACACUAAGGAUUGUGGACGUUGGCGGUCAGAAGUCGGAGCGGCGGAAGUGGAUCCACUGCUUUGAAAACGUCACCUCCCUCAUCUUCCUUGCGUCGCUCAGCGAGUAUGACCAAGUCCUGGAGGAGAAAGACACGACUAACCGCAUGCAAGAGAGUCUGGCUCUGUUCUACACCACCAUUCACUCCCAGUGGUUCCUCAACACCUCCAUCAUCCUCUUCCUCAACAAGACUGACAUCCUGACUGAUAAAAUGAAAACAUCAGACCUGCAGAAAUACUUCCCCGGUUUCACAGGCAGGAAACAUGACCCCGAAGACGCUAUGAAGUUUAUCCGCAAGAUGUACGAGCAGCAGGCCGUCACCCACAACAACCGGGAGACGUGGAAGACUCUGUACCCCCACUUCACCUGUGCCACGGACACCAACAACAUCCGCAGGGUCUUCAGCGACGUGAAGGACACCGUGCUGCUCAAGUCUCUAAGGGACUAUGGGAUCAUCUGAACUUUUACCAGGCAAUGAAAGCCAGGAGGAAAGAUGGUUCGUGUCUCUUUGUGGACAUUUUACUUGUAUGAGUGAAAGCCAAAAUGGGAUUUCUCUUUUCCACAUAAAAUUCCUUCUAAAUUGCAGAAGUCAGAACAUCAGGCAUAAUAUUUUUGUGCCCCUCGUCCUCCUCUCAUUCUUCAUUUUAAUUAAGGCGCAAGUGGAGAUUGAAAGCACUUUCCUUUCAUCACCACGACUAUCACAACUUUACUCUCAUCCCCUUCUUCUGUUCAGGAAGUAUUUGAAACACAUGACGAGGAGCCAGUAAACUCUCUCGUUUCUCUCAGCUUGCAGCUUUUUUGCCCAAUUUGAUGUUUCUUUUUCUAAGAUGAAGAGGCGUUCGGGUCAUGCCGCGACUGAAUUGAUCCAUAAUUGAAGCGGGAGCAGAGAUGCUAUGAAGUGCUGUGCCGCCAUUAACAGAGUAAUGACUUUUACAAGUGGAGAUGGGGCCACACACGAAUGCAACACCACUGUCACACAUUUUAAGGGCUUUAUGUGUAUCUUCCAGUCCCAUUCAGGCACCGUAGAAGCCAAUGCACACUCCAACGCAAACUGUAAACACAAAGCGUUACUGUUAUGAGCUGUAUGGGCAAUAUGAGUUACGAACUACUGCACUCUUUUUUUUUAUUAGAUGCCCUGAAUGUGGGCGAUUGUUGUCACAGCGCUGUCCUUCAUUGUUUCUGAAAAACAUCCGCCGGCGUGCCAAAAUCCCUAUUGAUUACAGUUAUCUUUCACUGCCAGUAUUUCUUUCAUGUUAUCUGUAUUCAACACAUCUGUUCAGCACAGUUGCCAUCAAAUCUGCAACUGCCACCUGUUGAGUCAGCCGUGACAGCAAUAUAGACGUACUUUUCGACUUUAGUGGCCGUAAGUUGCUCUUAAAUGGUAAAUGGUCUGUAUUUGUAUAGCGCUUUACUUGGUCCUAAGGACCCCAAAGCGC